AUGCCACAGAUGGGAGAUGUUAUAGCAAAUGCCUACCAAAGGCCACUGUACUUUUUUUCACUACAAAUUAAUCUUACCUUUUUUCUACAUCACUAUUCAUUAAAUCGAAAUGAAGUACUUGCAAUAGCCUUCAUUAAUAAUAAUCAUUAUGUGGCUAUUACAUUGAAGCCUGGUGCCCCUGUACCACCAAUUGUAAAUCGAUGGACACAGUUUGCUACCUUGACCAUGAUAAGAUGGAAGUUACUAAUUCAAAAUCGUAUUGAUCGCUUUCUUACAAUAAGUAGUUCAUCUAAUGAAGGUGAUCCUUUUAGCGAAAUGAAUGAACUUAAUGAAACACCAAUAAAAGAACUGAUAGACCAACAGAAGGAAGAGCAGCAACAAUGGAAUGAACAACUAAAAAAUACAAUUGAAAAUCAUUUCAAUCAGCUUGAGCAGGUCUAUUUAACCAACAUAGAUAAAUAG